CAGGUUGACCAGAGCAAGCAACCGCAGCCCAGAAGAAGCGAACGCUUAACUGAAGAUGACCAUUUCGCCCUUCGUGGCGGUCGUCCUAGCGGCGCUGCUGGCCGCGGCGGCGGCGGGUCCCAUCCCGGAGGCCCAGCCCGACGCUCAGCCUCAGCCCCAGCCUCAGCCUCAGCCCCAGCCGCAGGAGGAGGUGGUGCCCGCGGCCGCGGAGCCAGGCUUCGAAUCCCUACAGGACCGCGAGCGGAUAGUGCAGGCGCUGGAAGCCGACAUCUCCCGCACGGCGCUGCUGGCGGCGGCGGCGCGCGCCGUGCGCGAGCAGCAGGCCUUCGAGAACGACAUCCUCAAGGACACGGUGGUGGCGCUGGUGCGCGACCGCGGCGACCCGGAGAAGCUGCGCCGCGACGUGCGCGAGCUCAGCGAGAUGGUCGCCCGCGACAAGCAGCAGGGCAAUUCAGGAGACGGUGAUGACGAUGACUCAUCGGGUGGUGGAGGCGGCGGAGGCAGCGACAGCGGGAGCAUCCUGCAGUUGCUUCCCGCCGUCCUUGGAUCCUCUAGCGGGAGCGGCGGCGACGGCGACAGCGGCGGCGGCGGUUCCAACGUGCUCAGCCUCGUGUCCGGGCUGCUGGGCUCUAGCAGCGGGGGUGGCGGCGAUGGCGGCAGCGGUGGGGGAGGAGGCUCCAACGUUCUCAGUCUGGUGAGCGGCCUUCUUGGUGCCAGCAGUGGGGGCGGUGGCGCUGAUGGGAGCGCCGGAGGCAGCGGUGGCGGCGGCGGUGGCAUUGUAGCCAACCUUUUCCUCAAUAAGGUGGCACCCGUGUCAACUGCUAAACCGGUUCCUGGAUCGUACGAUGACCUGAUUGGCAAAGGAAUUACCGGUUAUGAUCCAGUAGCUGUAUUCAGCAGCAAUCUUGGCGGCGCUAUUAGGUCCAAGUUCACGGUGUUCAACUCGCUCUUCUCCGUGCUGACGGGGUUGUUCGGCGCAUCGAGCGGCGGUGGCGGCGCCAGCGGUGGCGGCGGCAUCGCGGCGGCCGCUUCGCUCUCCAAGUCGUGACCGCUCCCCUCGCCCCCGGACGCCCCCUCGCACGCAGUCACGCAGUCACGCCCCGCGGCGACAGCCGCUUCGACGCCUCGACGCGUGGAAGCCCAGACCUCUAGAUAGCUACAUUCCACCCCCAGGAACGCCUAGCGAAACCUAAUGCCAAGGAGCCGAAACGUUCGGACGCCUAAACGUCUAGGCGACUAAACGUUUGGACGUUUGAAAUAUUAAAGCGUCUAAAAACCUGCAUGCCUAGGCGUCCAGAUGGCAGGGCGCCUUGACGCCUAAACAGUUUGAUAUCUUAACGUUUUAAAGGCUAAUGGAUUUCAUGGUCUCGUAGACGCCUAGGCUGCUAGACGCCUAAAUCCUAGACGUCUGGGAAAUUUCUAGAAACUUCACAACCCCUCGAGGCAUCGAACUGGCUCUCUCGUCGUAUGGACGUGUGUCGCGUCGCUAAUCGACGCGUUUGCACGAGCCUCUCGGAACGAACCGUAGAAGGUCACGUUUCCUGACCUACGUUUUUUGUAAGUCUGCGAAAUAUUAUUUUCUACGCGAUGAGGUGUUACAUUGGCUUGCUCAAACGUUUGUAAAUUAUAUAUUUUUUAUAUUUAUCUAUGAAAUGUCAUUUUAUUUCUGAGUUUUGGAAUUGUUGAAAUAAUAUUCAAAAACAAAUUUUGCAGAUGUUGAAAAAAAAAUUGAUUCAGUCGCUUCAUCUGUUCCUAUGUAACGUCAUCAUUAUACAUUGUUCUCAUGGUACGGGAGGGUUAUAAUUUGAGGCUCACUUGGGAAUAUUCUCAAAAUAUUGUUAAGUUUUUAUAUCCCUUUUGUAAAAAUACUCAUUUCUUGUAUUUGAGAAUCAACAAAAAAUAUUUAAGAUGUAUUUUUGUAAAAAAAACAACCAUGGAUAUCAUCAGUCGCUGUACAUACCAACAUAUGAAUAGAAGAUACAAUGAAUACCCACAGUAAAACAUCACAUGUUACUGAAGUCGACCACUUUAUGUCUUGUAAAUAAACUAUCUUGUAUCUUGUUUCAUCUGUUCAAGGAAGAGCUCUGUACGCCAUGUGUAAAGUGAGACAAUUUCUGACCUGUACCAUACAUUAUUCUUAUAUUGUUUUUGACUGUUUGAUAAUAAAUAAACCUACAAAAUAUAUCUAUUCUUU